UCUGGAGAUGUUACCGAUGGGUCAGGCGGUUUUUCUUAUCGUGUUCGGCAUGCGUGCGGAGUCAGUGUAGUCCUAAGGAGAAUAUUUCAGUGUUCCAGCUCUUCUUGGUUUCUUUGGUAUAGUUAUUUGAACUUUAGUUGAGAAACAAUCUUUCCACGUCUCAACCUCAUACCUCUUCCAUAUCCACCUUCCUUUCUCUUUACCCUCAUCUUCACAUAAGGCAUCAUGGGUAAAAUCGUAGCAGCUGUCGGCCUCUCCCACGCGCCUGGCGCGCUCGCCUUCCCCGAGACUGCCACUUCAGAAGCCCGCGAGCGCACCGAGAAAGCUACCAGAGAUCUAGGCAUCAGCCUGGAAGCAGCAAAACCAGACAUCAUCUUCGCCUUUCUCGACGACCAUUUCGAAAACUUCUACCGCAACCUCAUGCCCACCAUCGCCGUCAGCGUCGCCGAAACCCACGUCGGCCCCGCGGACCAGUGGAUGGAAACCCUCCGCAUCCCCAAGAAAACACAUUUCCCCGGCAACCCAAAAGUCGCGGAACACCUCAUCCACUCGCUGGUGGAAGAUGGGUUUGAUGUUGCGCGGACGGGGACGGUGGAGUACGGGAACAACCUCAUGAUGCCGUGGGUGCUCAUGCGGCCGGAGCUAGAGAACGUGGCGAUCAUCCCGAUUUUCCUGAACGUGUUCACGCCGCCGUUGAUGAAGUACUCGCGAGCGUUUGCGCUGGGGGAGGCGUGUCGGAAAGCGGCAUUGGCGCUGCCGGACGAGACGCGGGUCGCGUUCAUGUGUACGGGCGGUCUGUCGCAUUGGCCGCCGUACUGGAGCCCCACACAAGCCGGCGACCCACCCUCAGACCCGUUCCUGGCGCUGAUGAAGAAGUUCCAGACCGAGGGGAAGCCGGUGUUGAAGGAGCAUCCGGAUUUGCUGGCUAGGUUGGAUGACUAUGAGAUCGAGAUGGCGAAGAAGAACGAGUACCCGUUGAACUCGAAACAUCCGCUUGUCAAUUGGGAGUGGGAUCGAGGGUUCUUGGAUAAAUUCUGUGCGGGAGAUGGGAAGUGGUUGAGCGAGUUGACGUAUGCGGAGGUAGAGGAGGAGGCGGGGCAUGGUGGGCAUGAGGUGCUGAACUGGGUGGCGCUUUCUGGGGCUAUGAAUAGCAGCAAGGCGAAGAUGCUGCUGUAUGAGCCGGUCGUUGAGUGGAUUUGUGGGAUGGCUUAUGUCGAUUUUGAGGUUGGCAAGACGACCAACGGGGCGACGAACGGUACGAACGGUGCGCAUUAACUACAACGGUCAGUCUUUUUUAGUGUACUAGUCGAAAACAAUAAUGCGUAUUUCAUACGAGC